AUGAGAGCUUUAUUGUGCACCACUCUCUUGGUAUUAGUGGCUUUCGCUGCCGCUAAGGAUAAGACCCAGCCCAAGAAGCGCACUAUCUUUGCAGAUGACUUAAGUCUCGGCGGAAGUUAUUCCGAUUUAGGCUUGGGCAGCAGCUAUACUUCUUACAGCUCCGGUUCUCUCGGAUCCCUCGGCUCUUUCGGAGCUCUUGACAGUCUUGGCUAUUCAGGUUUGGGAAGUUUCGGCUCUUACAGCAUAGGUGAUGCUGGUCUUGCCGGUAUUGGAAGCUUUGGCAUCGCUGAUGCAGGUCUCAUUUCCGGAGGUGCUGGAUUAAUCUCUUCUGGAUAUUCUUCUGGACUUUCUUCUGGACUCUCGACCGGCAUUUCUACUGGAUAUUCUAGCGGUUUUGAUAUUGCUUCCGGACUCUCUGGCGGCAUUGUCGAUGGAGGUACCAGCACACAAGUUAGGAAACUUGUUCAACACGUAAACGUCCCAGUACGUACCCCCUACCCAGUCUCCAUCACCAAGGCUGUGCAAGUAGCUCAACCCUAUCCAGUGGAAGUAACCAGAACAGUGCCAGUUGUAACCAAAACCAGUGUACCAAUCACCGUCCCACGUCCAUACGCCGUUAAGGUAUCUCACCCAGUGCCAGUACCUGUUAGCGUAGCCCACCCAGUGGAAGUACCAAAGCCAUACCCGGUAGUCGAAACCAGAAGGGUCGCUGUCCCAGUAGACAAACCAGUCAUUGUCCGUGUGCCACACACGGUUCAUGUACCAGUCCCACAACCUUAUGCCGUCAAAGUGCCCACCCCAGUAGCCGUAUCCGUCCCACAACAAAUAGCCGUCAAGGUCCCACAGGUCGUACACUCUGGUACCACAUACUCUCAUUCUACAUUCCCAGUCCACUCUAGCAUUGGUAUUUCUGGAAUCUCUUCUGGCAUUUCUGGAAUCUCUGGAAUCUCCGGUGGUAUUUCUGGCAUUGAAACUAUUGGAUCAGGCAUUUCUGGUAUUGCCGGACUAUCCGACUUCAGUUCUGACUCCGUAAGUGUAGAGUCCAUUGCUGACGAUAGUUUGUCCUAUGGAACCACCAGAUUCUUGCGCAGCGCUAAGAACUCCCCUAAAGCCGACAAGAAGAACUAAGUAAAUAAUUGUUAAUAGUGAAAUUUAUUUUGAAUGAACAAAUAAACGUGACUUAAUUUAUUA